AUGAAAGACGACCGGCCCAGCACGCCCGAGACGCCUCUUAUCGGACUUGAGAGCCUGGGCGCUGCGGGACAUCCCUUACGAACGAUCGCAAAGGCUCGGCCAAUAGAGCCGGAGUCAUGGAGGCUCCGCUUCAGCGAGAAUCCCCACGUCGCGUGUCAGAGACGCCGUCCUCCUCUCCGGGGCCUCCGCCCCCCGCCGCCGCCCCCGCCUUCCAACCUGCCGCCGGGCAAGCAGCAACGGGAAGAGAAAAGAGCGGCGCUGAGCAAAGUAGUUAUUCGCCGGCUUCCUCCUAACUUUACUAAGGAGCAGCUAGAAGAACAACUCCAUCCACUUCCAGCUCAUGAUUAUUUUGAAUUUUGUUCCUCUGAUCCCAGUCUUUAUCCCCACCUCUACUCAAGAGCAUAUAUUAAUUUUAGAAAUCCUGAUGACAUCCUUCUUUUUAGAGAUCGCUUUGAUGGCUAUGUCUUCAUUGACAAUAAAGGUUUGGAAUAUCCUGCUGUUGUUGAAUUUGCACCAUUCCAAAAGAUUUCUAAAAAGAAACUAAAGAAGAAAGAUGCAAAAUCUGGAAGCAUAGAAGAUGAUCCAGAAUAUAGAAAAUUUUUAGAAAGUUAUUGUGCUGAAGAAGAAAAAAUAUGUGCCAACCCUGAAACACUUCUGGGAGAAAUAGAAGCAAAAACAAGAGAACUCAUUGCUAGAAGAACCACCCCACUUUUGGAAUAUAUUAAAAAUAGAAAAUUAGAAAAACAGAGAAUUCGAGAAGAGAAAAGGGAAGAAAGAAGGAGACGAGAAUCAGAAAAAAAACGGCUAAGAGAAGAUGAGAAACGGAAACGUCGAGAGGAAGAAAGACGCAAAAGAAAAGAAGCUGAGAAACAAAAGAAAAUUGCUGAAAAAGAAAUAAGGAUUAAGCUUCUUAAGAAACCUGAAAAGGGAGAUGAACAGACUACAGAAAAGCACAGAGAAAAAGAAAAAGGUGAUAUUGAAGACAACAAAUGGGAGAAAUCACCAGGACAUGGGAGUUUAAAAUCCAAGCCAUUGGAAGUUCCUCUAAAGGAACUUAAGGAAAAAUCACAAAAUGACAGUGAUAAAGAACAAAGAGAUUCAGAGAGAAGAUUUCGUGAAAAAGAACCUGAGAGACAAAGGUAUCGGUUGGAAGAUGGCCGAAAGCACAGAACUCACUAUGAAUUUGACAAAUAUGUGAGACGGAAUGAAGAUGAACCGAAGUGGGAGAAAGGAUACAACCAAGACCGAGGAAAGAAAGUGAACUACAACUACAGCUUCACUGUGGACACAGUUGACAAACUGGGUAAAGAGGACAAGUGUGAUGACAUGGCAUCCAAAAAGGAGCGCAUAAGAAAUAAGGAUCGCCCAGCCAUGCAGCUGUACCAACCAGGAAUUCGCAUUCGAACACAUAUGGGACCUACAAGUAGGUUCUAUGACUGUGCUGAAAAAACUUCUCAAGAAGUUUAUGACAGAAGGUAUGAGGCAGACAACUCAGCUGGUGGUAGUUCUGAGAAGAGUGAAGAUGUAGAAUAAAAUGGACAUUCAGCUUUAAGAUUUAGUGCCCUACAGAGAACUGAAUGUUCUUAGAACUUGGCCGGCAUUGCCAAGAAAAUUCCAGUACAGCAAUUUCAUUCCUUUUUAAAGUUUUCUGUACGGAGUUUGGACCUCAUGAAACAUCACAUAAAGUAAACAUGAAUGUGAUUUUUUUUUUAAAAAAGGAAAGAAUUUGUCAGCCUUGGAAUCAAAUUAAAGCUGGUUCUCUUCUUUUUCCAUGUAUGAGAAUAGUAUACUGUCAGCAUAUUUGGAAAAAAUAUGAUUUCAAAAUGUCUAUAGAUACAUACAUGGUCAUUGUAUGUAUUUGUGCUAGAUUAAUUUUAUACACAUCACUAACUUCUGGCACAUUCAAAUGUGCAUCUCUUUGCAUAAUGGAAGUUGUUUUUCUACAUACACAAAGGGUAUUUUGAUUUGAGACAUAGGGAAGUGAUUUUGAGGCAAUAUAGCUGAAAAUUAUGCUAGAUUUUAGAAGGUAGAGUUUGGAAGUUCUAGUAACCCCAAACAUAUUUUAAAUUGCUGUGUUUUGUAUAAAACUUUUGAGAAAUUGCCACAUCUGCUAAACAAAAGGAAUAUUUAAGAUAUUUAUUUCCAGACAUUUUCACUGAAAUGUAUUUACUAUCUUCUACAAAUUACAUUAACUAUACACUCGCAGUCCCAAAGGUGCGUUUCAAAUGUCUCCAUAGACAUUUUCACACUCCCAGAUUUGUAUGUAUAUACAAAAAAGUGUUGUACAAAAUAUAAGUAUAUUUAUAUCUGUGGGUGGAAGAAAGAAAUUACAGUAUCUUAGAUUUGGUCCUGUCAGUAGUUUUGUCCCAAUAUGUAAUAAUUACAGCAACUACAACUUUUAAUAUGAAUCAUCAAUAUGUUUAUAAUUAAUGCAAUGUUUGCAUCAUUAUCGUAGGACAGUGCUUAAUCUGCUAUAGGAUCAUGGUUAAAAGAUACCUUUACAGAAAGAGGUUGAUGAAGGUAGUUUGCAAGGAUAUAAUGGCACAACAUUCAUGUGAUUAUAAGAGCUGUUUAAGGCUUAUUUCUUUCAGGACCUUCAUCUCUGCCCUCCAGCCUCAUACAUCCACCAAGAGAACAGCAACAAUUUAAGCAAAAUAGCUUUCAAUGGGGGGUAUGUGGACAAGGGAAGGGUCAGCACUAGCUUCUGGCCAUUCUUUAUAGGACUUCAGAGAAAACAGAGUUGUGAUGAAUGGGCCUACCCUAUCAUAUUUAGCCUCUUUUCAGUGUCAUAAAAUGUUGGGUAAGUGUCAAAUCUAUUUUUAACUUUCUUAAACUGCAUUUACCUUUCAUUCUAUUACCUGAAAAAAGGCUGACUCAGGUCUGAAUCUAUAAUGCAACAUUGGCCUUUCAUGAAAUUACAUUUUCAAAACCUUUUGCCUUUUUUUCAAUAUGUGGAUUUAUUCGUUGUUUUUUGUAUAUAAAUAUUUCAUGAAAUAUAUUUUUACAUGGCAUUGAUGGAACUAUUUUGGGUUAUAAAUAGAUUAUACAGCAGAAUGCACUGUACCUGCCACAGGUUCCCUCUGUUCAUUAUGCUAUUAGAAUACAUUGUGAUAAGAUAUAUCUUCUCAUUUUUUGUGAAAAAAAAUUAUAUAUAUCAUAAGGGCAAAUCAUAAAAUCAAAAAUGUUGAUAAUGUUAACUACUUUUUAAUCUUGUUUUGAUUUUUUUAUUACUGUAUUAUCAACAUUUGUUUUAAUGUAAAUAAAAUACAUUUUUGUUAAUUUCAGUCAUUGGAAGAUUAAACUGAAAUCUAGUCAUCCAAA